CAAAGGUCGGAGGGUGAACCCGGAGCGGUGCUGGAGCAGGUUGCGGGGUUACCGGGCAAUGGCUGGCUUCUCCUCUCAGCGAGGUCCUAUGCCUAAGGGGCAUGAGAUUGUGUAGGGAGGCGGCGUGGCUCAGCUCGAAGAUGGAGCGGGUACGCUGGGCUUUCGGCUCUGGCUCCUGGCAGCCCCGCUGCUCCGAGUGGUUGCUGUCGGCUCGCUGUGUGCAGGACGAGGAGAGGGAGCGCAUCGGCAAAUUUGUCUUCGCCAGAGACGCCAGGGCCGCCAUGAGUGGAAGACUCCUGAUCAGGAAAUUAAUUGCUGAAAAGCUGAAGAUUCCUUGGAAUGAAAUCCAGCUAAAACGGACAACUAAAGGAAAACCAUUUCUAGCCCAUCCUGUCCUUGACAUGAUCCCAAAUUUUAACUUCAAUAUUUCACAUCAAGGAGAUUACACUGUUCUGGCAGCAGAGCCUGUUUUGCAGGUUGGUAUAGAUAUCAUGAAGACUAACUUUCCAGGUAGCACCUCUGUUACAAAGUUUUUCCGAAUUAUGAACAGACAAUUCACAGAUCUCGAAUGGAAUACCAUCAAUAUGGCAGGUGAUGAAUGGUCACAAUUGGACAUGUUUUACAGGCACUGGGCUUUGAAAGAAAGCUUUAUAAAGGCAGUUGGAGUUGGAGUUGCAUUUGAUCUGCAGAGGAUUGAGUUCCAUGUCUCACCUUUACAUUUGGAAGGUGGCCAGAUUUAUAAGGAGACAAUAAUGUUUUUGGAUGGAGAACAGGAAGAAGCCUGGGCAUUUGAGGAAACUAUGCUGGACGAUAGUCAUCAUGUUGCUGUUGCACUUGGCAAACAAAACACCAUUGACAAAUGCCCUGUACAGGUACAAGAGAAUAUUAAUCAGGAACUAUCCCAGUUCACAUUCUUGACAUAUCAGGAGCUAAUCUCAUCAGCUAUUACUAUGGCUCCAGAAGAUCCUGUGUACUGGGAGAACUUUAAAGCCAAAGAAGAAAAACCAAGUCGCCAGUGUCGGAUGCCAGUAUAGCUAAUUACUACAAGAAAUAGUAUGUGAAACCUAGGUACUGAUUAUCACAGAACUUGAACAAUGGAUGGAGGCACUACAGAUCAAUUCUUCUCUUUAUCUCGGAGUGGAAAAGAGAGAGAGAGAGAAACCAAGUACUGUACCGAAUCACUGAUGUGCACUUCUGGUUUCGUCAAGUCAUUGGUUUUGAAUUGCUGACUCGUAACUAAAUAUUUGACAGUGACACGUUGAUGGCUUUUUUCUUGAAAGCACAUAUUAUGCUUUUGCAGUCAAUAUCAAGUCUAUCACAACAGCAUAAAUACGUACAAGUAAAUUAUCAUUUCUUAUGAUUCAUGAAGGAAUCCACAGUACUGUAACAUACCAGUUAAGCCUCCAAGGUUUUAAGGUAUGUUCUGAACAAUAUUUUUACUUCAGGUAGCAAAUGUUUCGAUAAAAAUUCCUCUGAAUUUUAGACUAAAGGCAGGAGUGAGUGAUAAAGGUGCCACGCAAGGUAUUAUUAAACAAAGUUAGAGUGCAUGGUAUUAGGGAUAAUAUCCUGACAAAGACUAAUUAACAGAAUAGGAAUAAAUGAGUCAUUUUAAGGUUAGAAGGCUGUGACCAUCAGGGCGCUGUGGCCCAAGCUGUCCCAAUCUAGAUAAAUGAAACAAUUGUUAAAUAUCCAUGUUAACUGAUACAAAGCCAGAUGGUGGUGUGGGGAGAAUGCAGAGAGGCUUCAGGGAGAUGUAGACAGGCUAAAUGAAUAGACAAGGACAUGGGAGAUAAAAAGUAAAAUGUGAGGUUACCCACAUUAGUAGAAAAACAGGUAGGGUUUUCUUUUUAAAUGUGAGAGAUUGAAAGGUGCUGGUUUGCAAGGAUAAGGUCCUUCGUCACAAAUCACUGAAAAUUAAAGUGCAGGUUCAGCAAGUAGUACGAAGGCAAAUGGUACAUUGGCCUUAUUGCAAGCGGAUCGGAGUAAAAGAGUAGAGAUGUCUUGUUCCAAUCAUAAAGAGCCCUAGUGAGACCACAUCUGUAAUAUUCUGUACAGGUCUGGGCUGCCUUCCCAAGGAAGGAUAUACUUACAAUAGAGGGAGCGCAGCAAAAGUUUGCCAGAUUGCUGGAAUAGCAGGUUUUUGAUAGGAGGAGAGAUUACAUAGACAAGGCCUUUACUGACUUGAGUUUAGAGGAAUGAAAGGUGAUCUCAUUGAGGGACAAAAUUCCAAGGGGGCUUGACAGAUGUAUUCUUUCCCUUGGCUUGAUUAUCUGGAACCAGGGGUCAUAGUCUCAAAAUAAGGUGUUGGCCACUCAGGGGAGAAAUAAGAAAUUUCUUCAGAGGGUGGUGAAUCUUUGGAAUUAAAUGUACAAGAGGGGUGUGGAGAUUCUUUCACUGAGUAUGCAUCAGACAGAGAUCAAUAGAUUUUUAAGACAAUUAUUAAGGGAAUCAACAGAAACGGCAUUAAUGCAGGAAAAUGGUCCUGAGAUAAAAAGAUCAGCUGCGAAUUCAUUUAAAAGAUGGAGCAGGCUGAAUGGUCUACUCCUGCUGCUUUUUUUUUAAAUGUUCUAACAUUUGUUCCCACAAACUUAGUUACCAUGUUCACAUUCUCCUCUCCCCAACAGAGAAAAUGGCUUGGAUGUUACUGGCGGUUUUUGGUAGUUCUGUGUACGACAACUUAAGGACUGCCAUGUGAAUCUUGAACUUACUGCCCAGACUUCAACCAGCAAUUUCCCAACUGUGCAACAUUUCUGGAGUUCACAUAAUUAUAGUUUUAGUGUCUCUUAAUUAAAAUUUUGAGGUGUUUUCAUUUUUAACAUGUUAAUUUCUUUAACAUUUUACUUCAUUUCUAUGGUUUUUAAAUGCCUCUAAAUGUCAGGGGCUUUCAGAAGCAUUGUGGAAUCUUCCUGAAUUUGCAGUCUGUCAAGGAUUCUGGAGGACACAGCUCAUCACCUAAGCAGCAAAUGCAGCUAGGAGGCCCCACUCAGCGAAGUCCAGACCAAUAACUUCUUAUGGACUUGGACUACAUUGAUGCAAAACUUUUCAAUCAAUCUGACUGCACAUAUGCAACUUCUGCACAAGCACAGUAGGCAAUUUUUUUGAAUUGUUUACCCUUGCAACAGUUGUGGUUUCAGUCCUUAUGGUACUGCUUGUUCCCAGGGCAGCUAAAUAUUAUACUAACAUUCCAGUCUAUGAAUCUGUGGGCAAUGAGUAAGAGAAUAUUCCUUGGCUUCUUAAUUCCAGCCAACUUUUUAACUGAUUUGUAAUUUUCAUAUUUAAUUAUUUUUCUUACUAUCCCUUUAACAUACACUCACUGCUUCAUAAUUGAUCAUUUCCCUGCCAUUUUCACAGUGCCCACUUCAUUUCCUUUGAAUAACUUCUAAAUGUUUCAUAAAUGUAACGCAAGGGCACAAUCCUGCCCUACCCCAACUGACAGCAACUAGUUUUGCUUUUGCUGUUCACCCAAACCUGUAUCUGAGUAAUUGGAAUUUCCACUAACAUUUUAGGUUUUCUCCCAAAUGCAUUAAGCCAAACCACUGGCAGACUCAAUAUAGUCUUUUUCCCAGAGAGAGGGUGCUAAAAACAAGAGGGCAUAGGUUUAAGAUCAGAGGCGAGAGAUUUAAAAGGGACAUCAGGGACAGCUUCUUCACACAAAGGGUGGUGCAUAUUUGGAAUGAGCUGCCAGAAAUAGUUGAAGCAGGCACAUUAGCAAUAUUUACAAGCCAUCUAGAUGAAGUAAAUGGAUAGGAGAGGUUUAGAGGGCUAUGGGUCAAAUGCAGGCAGAUGGGACUAGCUCGCUGGACAACACAAUCAGCAUGGAGGAGUUGGGCCAAGUGGGCCUGUUGUCAUGCUGUAUGAAUCUGUGACUUAGUGCCGCCAGGUUCAGUUCCCCUUCAGAAGUGAACUUGCUAGCAUGAAGAAGGUGGACUCCUUAUUGAGUGCAAGCUUGCUGCAAUUGCCUGAUAUUUAAGCUGACAAAUCUGCCAGCUGGGUCUGUGUCACAUGCAUUCUGGGAUAGAAAUAGUGAAUACAUUCAUUUCACUGGAGAGGAAUGGCUGUGAGGGACAAGGGCAAGUAUUAAUUUACAAUUUUUAGCUUAAGUUUACUUAAAACAAUUAGAAAGUUUUGAGCAACAAACAAUCGGCUGGGAAACUCAGCGGGUUGAGCAGCAUCUGUGAGAAGAAGGGAGCUGUCAAUGUUUCAGGUUGAAACCCUGCACCAUUCCUUUCCUCCCACAGAUGCUGCUCAACCCACUGAGUUCCUCCAGCAGGUUAUUGCUCCAGAAUCCAGCAUCUGCAGUCUUGUCUCUCGAGAAAGUUUUGAGUUAUAUCUAUGUAUUCAGAAGUUCAGAAGCAUUCAAAAUUCUUGAUAGGUUUGACUAAUUAGUUUCAAAGCUGAUCAGUUAAUUCUCUAUAUACCAAGUACAUUUGGUUUUUAAUAAUACAGCCAUAUCCCCAGUACAAUUGCAGUUUACCUGCAGAGAAAAAUUUAUCCAGGCCACAUGUGAAGACUUGAUGCAGACUAUUAGAGUAUUCCUCUGCAACAAUCUUGAAGUAAUGUCAUGCAUAGAUGUCAGCAUCUUGUUAUGGAGGAUUAGUUCAAUCUCAAUACAUGUAAAAAGUAUAGAUACCCAUGAGUUUUCCAGCUAAUAAUUCGUGGAAAGCCCAGAACCAAACUGUAAAUUUAACAAAAGCUUAAAAGGACAAGGUGGAAAAAAAAUCUAUACAUCAUGGGCAGACGUCUUAUUUUAAUUCAAUUAUUUAUUUAUCUCUGCUCUAAUUUGCAAGUUCUAAUACCUCUACCCUCAGGAAUUUCAAAGCAAUCAAUGAAACUCAAUCAAAUAAUGUUUUUAUAGCCCUUAAUUUCUUAGCUAAUUUCAAAUAAACCACAAAUGUGCAUGAACAUCGUUUUAAUAAAGUUAAUAGUUCUGUAUUCCUCGAAUAAGACUUGAUUAUCAGAGUCAAUAUGUUGAACUGUUGAGAGGGAUGAAUGGAUUAUUGCUGUUCUGCUUUAUUUUUAUCCAAAUUAGUCCUUUAUUUGCAUUAACCCUUUGCAUAAUGAGCAUCUCUACAAAGUUAAAUAAAUGGAACUUUAGUAAAACACCAAAUAAAUAGCAUGUUAUUUUUACUAACAUAUUUUAUCGUUUCUAUAUAUCACAAAGCAAUAAAUGACUAAUGUUGUGACUGCCCAUGUUGCAGCUUCUUAAUAGCUUGUACCUGUCAAAUGAAUAUCACUCCUGAUUGACACGACGUG